AUGUGGCGAAUUGCAUCUCUGUUCUGGCUUCUUGUAGGUUUUGGUGUCAAUGGUGCUCUCUAUACAAGAGGAACACGUUGGUUUAUAUAUACGUACACAUCGGAUAUUGAGCACGCCGAUACUGACGCCAGUGUGUACAUUAUCCUCAUUGACGCAAAUGGCAGACAAUCCGAUGGAAUAUUAUUAGACGUUUGGCUCUUCAACGACUUUCGGCAAGGUGCCCGAGACAGCUUCGAUGUAGGCGACGAGAUUAACUUAAGCGACGUAUGCUUUAUCAGAAUCUAUCAUGAUAACACUGGCGAUUCCCCUGGCUUGCAUCUCGAAAAGGUGCAUAUAAGAAAUCUUAGAUUGAGGACGACUCGCGAAUUUUUUUGCGACUUCUGGGUCCCAACACAAGAAGAAGAGAGGCAAUCAAACCGUACAAUAGAGCGCUCGCCACCGUGUAGCGCAGGUUACCUGGAUUGAUUGAUCAACGUGGCAAGGGUACACAGUGGAUGACAAGG